AUGUCCACUGUAUUCACCCCUAUACCUGAAGCCCUCGAGGCGUUCAAAAAUGGAGAGUUUUUGAUUGUCAUGGAUGAUGAGGACAGAGAAAACGAAGGUGACUUGAUAAUGGCUGCUGAGCUUAUUACUCAAGAAAAAAUGGCAUUUCUCGUUCGUCAUUCCUCAGGAUACGUUUGUGUUCCGUUGUCGAAAGAAAGAGCCGACACUUUGGAAUUAGCCCCCAUGUUGGCCAACAAGACCGAUAAGCAUGGUACUAACUACACUAUUACAUGUGACUAUGCGGUUGGCACCACUACCGGAAUUUCCGCACAUGAUAGAGCGUUGACUGCGAAUAAGUUGGCCGAUGGCACUUCCAAAGCUUCUGAGUUUAUAAAACCUGGUCAUAUUCUUCCAUUAAGGGCAGCUGCUGGAUUGUUAAAAGAGAGAAGAGGCCAUACUGAAGCGGCUGUCCAGUUGUGUGAAUUGACCCAAUUGGAACCAGCUGGUGUGAUCUGCGAAUUGGUUAGAGAAGAAGACGGGUUGAUGCUGAGGUUAGAUGACUGUGUUGAAUUCUCUAAGGCUCACAACAUCAAGUUGAUCAAUAUUAAACAAUUAGUAGAGUACAUUUCUUAA